UAUAGCGAAGUAGUUCGGUUGUUAGAAAGUUAAUGGCUUGGAGGAAAGAGACGCUCUUCUCGCUUCAGGAUUUUUCUGAAGUAUAAACAUAAUUACUAACAACCUCAAAGAAAGUUUAAGACAAUAUUGCAUCUAUUAGAAUACAAAAUACUAAGGAAAGUAUGCAGGAUGCAGUAGCCGGGACAGCAAUGCUGACGGACGGCUUCGGAGACGAGAUUGACUCUGUGACUCCGCGCUCCCCUGCCGUAGGAAUGGGGGUUGGAGCCACACCAGGAGCCGGACUCGGGGGUUUAGGGAUUGGUGUUGGUGGAAAGAAAGUCCCCUUGUUUGGCGAGGCUGGUGGGCCUGCAGCUGACCGGCUUGAUUUCCAACUCGCAGCGGCCGCAGUGCUUUCCUCCGGCCCUGGAUCUGCCAGCGACGAUGAUGAGGUAUCUGAGGUGGAGUCCUUCAUAUUAGACCAGGAAGACCUGGACAACCCCAUGCUGAAGACGGCGUCAGAGCUGCUCCUGGCCAGUGCUGCCGACGGAGCUGAUCUCAGAACAGUGGACCCAGAAACACAAGCCAGAUUGGAGGCUCUGUUGGAAGCAGCCGGUAUUGGUAAACUGUCCACUACCGAUGGUAAAGCCUUCGCAGAUCCAGAGGUGCUACGCCGCCUGACGUCGUCCGUGAGCUGUGCGCUGGACGAGGCCGCCGCCGCUCUCACACGUAUGAGGGCGGAAAACACACUCAACGCCAGCCAGGCAGACAAUCUGGUUAUUUUCAGCCGUAGCUUGGCGGAGGCGUGCUCGGACGGGGACGUCAACGCUGUGAGGAAGCUUCUGGAUGAGGGGCGGAGCGUCAACGAACACACAGAGGAGGGAGAGAGUCUGCUCUGCCUAGCCUGCUCUGCUGGGUACUAUGAACUUGCACAGGUCUUGCUGGCCAUGCACGCUAACGUUGAAGAUCGGGGCAUCAAGGGUGACAUUACGGCCCUCAUGGCAGCAGCCAGCGGCGGCUACGUAGACAUAGUCAAACUGCUGCUGGUACAUGGGGCUGACGUCAACGCACAGUCCUCCACAGGUAACACAGCGCUGACGUACGCGUGUGCGGGCGGCUUCCUGGACGUGGUGAAAGUGCUGCUGAAGGAAGGCGCCAACAUCGAGGACCACAACGAGAAUGGUCACACCCCUCUGAUGGAGGCGGCUAGCGCGGGUCACGUGGAGGUGGCCCGGGUGCUCCUGGAGUACGGGGCUGGUAUCAACACGCACUCCAACGAGUUCAAGGAAAGUGCACUUACGCUGGCCUGCUACAAAGGGCACCUAGACAUGGUGCGCUUCCUGUUAGAGGCUGGGGCCGACCAGGAGCACAAGACUGACGAGAUGCACACAGCACUCAUGGAGGCUUGUAUGGACGGGCAUGUGGAGGUGGCGCGGCUGCUGUUGGACAGCGAGGCGCAGGUCAACAUGCCCGCUGACUCUUUCGAGUCUCCGCUGACGCUGGCGGCCUGUGGGGGUCAUGUGGAGCUGGCCGCCCUGCUGAUGGAGAGGGGCGCCAACCUAGAGGAGGUUAAUGAUGAGGGAUACACUCCCCUCAUGGAAGCUGCACGAGAGGGCCACGAGGAGAUGGUGGCGCUGCUUUUGGCACAAGGUGCCAACAUCAACGCUCAGACAGAGGAGACCCAGGAGACUGCCCUGACGCUGGCCUGCUGCGGGGGCUUCCUGGAGGUGGCUGACUUCCUCAUCAAGGCCGGGGCAGACAUCGAGCUGGGCUGCUCCACACCUCUCAUGGAGGCUGCACAGGAGGGACACCUGGAGCUGGUCAAGUACCUGCUGGCCGCCGGAGCCAAUGUCCACGCCACAACGGCGACGGGAGACACAGCGCUGACUUACGCCUGUGAGAACGGACACACAGACGUGGCUGACGUGCUGCUGCAGACGGGGGCUGACCUGGAGCAUGAAUCGGAGGGGGGCAGGACCCCUCUAAUGAAAGCGGUUAGAGCGGGUCACCUCUGUACUGUACAGUUCCUAAUCAGCAAAGGAGCAAAUGUGAACAGGGCGACGGCCAACAAUGAUCACACAGUAGUGUCUCUGGCCUGCGCCGGGGGCCACCUGGCCGUGGUGGAGCUGCUGCUGUCCCAUGGGGCUGAUCCUACACACAGACUGAAGGAUGGCUCCACCAUGCUGAUCGAAGCUGCUAAGGGCGGUCACACCAUCGUGGUGUCCUAUCUCCUCGACUACCCCAACAACGUCCUGUCGGUCCCCGUGCCAGACUUGUCUCAGCUCACACCCCCCUCCCAUGACACCUCUCCGGCUCCACGAGUUCCAUUCCAAGCCCUGGCCAUGGUGGUGCCUCCUCAAGAGCCAGACAGAGUCCCCUCCAACAUCACAACGCCUCCACCGCUCAUCACAAAAGGUGGUUCCAAGCAGAGGCUGAGCCCCCUACAGGGGAGCCCCAUCGCUGCAGGCGGUCCAGACGCGGACCUGCUGUCUCCCUUCCACCCAUACCAGCCCCUAGAGUGCAUAGUGGAAGAGACUGAGGGCAAGCUGAACGAGCUUGGCCAGAGGAUCUCCGCUAUAGAGAAGGCCCAGCUGCAGUCCUUGGAGCUCAUCCAGGGAGAGCCUCUCACCAAAGACAAGAUCGAGGAGCUGAAGAAGAGCCGCGAGGAGCAGGUCCAGAAGAAGAAGAAGAUCCUCAAGGAGCUGCAGAAGGUGGAGCGCCAGCUGCAGCUCAAGACGCAGCAGCAGUUCACCAAAGAGUACAUGGAGGCCAAAGGCCUGAAGGACGACCCGGGGCAGCUUGGCCAGGCGGCAGGGGUGGAGCAGCCCGGCACCCCCCUGCCCUUGCUGGCUGCAGAGCCGGGCUCCGACACCGAGGGGGAUGGGGAGGGCAUCCACCACCACCAUGAUGGACAGCCCCACCCCGCCGCCGAGGAACAGGAGGAAGAGGACGAUGAGGAGGAGGAGGAGGAGGACUAUGCCAAGCUACCUCAGGUGGACACCAUCCUGUAUAGACAGGCCCAGGAACCCCCGCCACCAGCUCCUCCUCACACCCAGGCCCUGCAGAGUCCCGCUCCUCCUCACACCCAGGCCCUGCAGAGUCCCGCUCCUCCUCACACCCAGGCCCUGCAGAGUCCCGCUCCUCCUCACACCCAGGCCCUGCAGAGUCCCGCUCCUCCUCACACCCAGGCCCUGCAGAGUCCCGCUCCUCCUCACACCCAGGCCCUGCAGAGUCCCGCUCCUCCUCACACCCAGGCCCUGCAGAGCCCCGCUCCUCCUCACACCCAGGCCCUGCAGAGUCCCGCUCCACCCCUCCUGCAGGCCCGUUUCUUACCCUCCCAUCUCCUGGCCACCCAGCAGUCCACAGACUUCAGUACGGCAGACUACCCCGUCAGCUCCAGUCCUGAUCUGGAGAGGGUGAUGGUGAACCAGCAGCAGAUGUUGUGGCAGCAGUUGACAGACCUGGGACCGGGCCUUCUCACCCAGGCCCCCGAAGGACUCAUGGUGGCCACCCCAGCACAGACCCUCACAGAUACUUUGGACGACAUCAUGGCAGCAGCGGUGAGCAGCAGAGUCCCCAUGUUGAGCACGACGUCCUCGCCCACAGCACAGACGCCCAUCCAUUCAGUGUCCCCACACCCCAUGCUCCCCCUCUACCCCUCCGUAGACAUCGACGCACACACGGAGAGUAAUCACGACACCGCUCUGACGCUGGCCUGUGCGGGCGGUCACGAGGAGCUGGUGUCGGUGCUCGUCGCCCGCGGGGCUAACAUCGAGCAUCGGGAUAAGAAAGGUUUCACUCCUCUGAUCCUGGCUGCUACAGCGGGUCAUGUUGGCGUGGUGGAGAUCCUGCUGGAUAAAGGAGGGGACAUCGAAGCCCAGUCUGAGAGAACCAAAGACACUCCUCUCUCCCUGGCCUGCUCUGGAGGAAGACAGGAGGUGGUGGAGCUGUUGCUGCUGCGCGGGGCCAACAAGGAGCACCGUAACGUUUCAGACUACACUCCGCUCAGCCUGGCUGCCUCGGGGGGCUUCGUCAACAUCAUCAAGAUCCUCCUCAACGCUGGAGCUGAAAUCAACUCCAGGACUGGGAGUAAGCUGGGUAUCUCUCCUCUGAUGCUGGCUGCCAUGAACGGUCACGUCCCUGCGGUCAAGCUGCUGCUGGACAUGGGCUCAGACAUCAACGCUCAGAUCGAGACUAACCGCAACACGGCGCUGACCCUGGCCUGCUUCCAGGGACGGGCGGAGGUGGUCAGUCUGCUGCUGGACCGCAAGGCCAACGUGGAGCACCGCGCCAAGACUGGGCUGACCCCCCUUAUGGAGGCGGCAUCGGGUGGCUAUGCUGAGGUGGGGCGGGUGCUGCUGGAUAAGAGCGCUGACGUCAACGCCCCACCUGUCCCCUCCUCCCGAGACACCGCGCUCACCAUCGCUGCAGACAAGGGCCACUACAAGUUCUGUGAGCUCCUAAUCAACCGAGGUGCUCACAUUGACGUGCGCAAUAAGAAGGGAAACACUCCCUUGUGGCUGGCGGCCAACGGCGGCCAUUUUGACGUGGUGCAGCUGCUGGUGCAGGCCGGGGCCGAUGUCGACGCAGCAGACAACCGCAAGAUCACACCACUCAUGGCUGCCUUCCGCAAGGGCCAUGUGAAGGUGGUUCAGUACCUGGUCAAGGAGGUUAACCAGUUCCCCUCGGACAUCGAGUGCAUGAGAUACAUUGCCACCAUCACGGACAAGGACCUGCUGAAGAAAUGUCACCAGUGCAUGGAGACCAUUGUCAAAGCCAAAGACCAGCAGGCAGCAGAGGCCAACAAGAACGCCAGCAUUCUGCUGAAGGAGCUGGACUUGGAGAAGUCCAGGGAGGAGAGUAAGAAACAAGCCCUGGCCGCUAAGCGUGAGAAGCGUAAGGAGAAACGCAAGAAGAAGAAGGAAGAGCAGAAGAGGAAGCUGGAGGGGGAGGAAGAGGAGGAGGAGGAGGAGGAGGAAGACGAGGAGGCCAAAGUAAAAGAGGAGUUAGAGGACCAAGACUCCUCUGAAGACGGUGAUGUCCCCAUUGACCCGCCCAGCGCUACCACCACCACUACCAUCGGCAUCUCUGCCACCUUCACCAACGCCUUCGCCAAGAAACGAGCCAAUGUGGCGACCACGCCCAGCACCAACCGCAAGAACAAGAAGAACAAGACCAUGGAGCCCAUCAUCCUGCAGGACCCCCAGCUGGUGCUGGCUCAGCAGAAGACUGACAAAAAUAAGAUCCACGGGGACCCCAGGGGCGGCGGGGUGCCGGGUGGCAGCGACUCAGACAACCUGGACAGCACCGACUGCAACAGUGAGAGCAGCAGCAGCGGAGGCAAGAGCCAGGAGCUCAACUACCUACCGGACAUGCCCUCUUCAUCGUCCUCAUCCUCGUCUUCAUCGUCUGCUCCCUCGGGGGUGAGCCAACAGCCCCAGCCGGUCCCUGAGAAGAGGCACAGCUCCCGAGACCACAAGGUCACAGUGUCCAUCUCUAAGCCACACCAGAAACUCCAUGACUGCAUCAACGUCCUGGCGCCCAACUCCCUUCCCCCCUCCUUCAAAACCAUUUCACUGCCGGUCACCUCGCCCAACAGCAAGAUGAACCUCACCAGCCCCAAGAGGGGCCAGAAGAGGGAAGACGGCUGGAAAGAGGUGGUACGGAGAUCUAAGAAGCUAUUGGUGCCUGCCUCUGUUGUGUCUCGGAUCAUGGGCAGAGGGGGCUGUAAUAUCACUGCCGUUCAGGACGUGACCGGUGCUCACAUCGAUGUGGACAAACAGAAGGACAAGAAUGGAGAGAGGAUGAUCACCAUCAGAGGAGGCACAGAGUCGACUCGACACGCUGUGCAACUGAUCAACGCCCUGAUCCAGGACCCAGCCAAGGAGCUGGAGGACCUAAUCCCCAGAAACCACAUCCGUACCCCUGGCACCAGCACCAAGAUGGGCUCCACUAACACUACGGCGGCUGGCUCUAAGGGCCUGGCAUCAGUGUUUCCGUCAUCUACUGUGUCCUUCCAGACCCCCCCGGUCUCUCAGCAGGGAGGGAAGAUGGGAAAGAACCUGUCCCCCGGGGUGAGACCCCCUUUUGUUUCUCUUCCCCUGGCGUACGCCAACCCACACCUGGCCCUGCUGGCUGCCCAGACCAUGCACCACAUCCGACACCCACGCCUGCCCAUGGCACAGUUCGGUGGCACCUUUUCUCCAUCGCCUAACACCUGGGGCCCGUUCCCGGUGCGGCCCGUCAACCCCGGCAGCACUCACAGCUCUCCCAAGCACAACGGGAGCACUGCCCCCCGGCCCUCGCCUGUCUCCGCUGCCCAUCCGGAGUACACAGCUCCUGCCUCUACAGCAGUCCCUGCAGCCACCGCCUCGCCCACCAGCACUGCCCCCUCCGGCACCCCAACGCCCUCCUCUGCCAGGAAGCAGCUCUUCUCUGGCGAACCAAAGACGACCAGCAUGACAGCAGUCACUUCCACAGUGAGCAACGUUCCCGCCACGCAGCUGGCCCCUACACCCUCCACCAUGCCCUCUACUCCGUCCUCCCCUUCCGUGCCCAUCGCCCCGUCUGCACAGCAGCCGCCCAUCUCCAAGCCAGAGCCUGCUGGUGGCACCACGCCUGGUAAAGAGAAGUCCUCUCUAGAUGCAGCACCUGUCCAAGGUGGAGCGUCUGAAGGUUCCAGCUCCAACGGCCCCAUGUACUUCACAGGUCCUCCCAUGGCUCCACCAUCACUGCCCUCCCAGCAGCCAGACAGCAGACAGCAGCAGCUGCCCCUCCCCUUCUCCCCCAGCACAGAGCCCAGCCCCCUGGCCGCCCAGCCUCCAUGCUCCCACCUGCCCUCCUCUCACGCUGCACCAGCAGGGGGCAGCACCGUACCUCACUACGCACAGCCUUCUCCCUCAUGCGUGCAGCCCUCGGCCCAGGUCUACCCCAUGCCAGCUGGGACAUCUCCACAGGAGCACCACUCUGUGUUUGUAUCCUCUGGAGCCUCUCAAGAGCAACACCAGAAACAUCCGCAGCAGUAUGCCAACCAGGGCAUGGCACCCCCUUCCAUGGGCAUGAUGAACGGCUCCCAGAUGCACAGCCACGGGGGCAAGACCCAGCAGCUGCCCCCCAACUACGGCCCCACUGCCCUCUUCAACCAUUUCAGCAGCAUGUUUGACAGCAACCAGGUGGGCAACAAUCAGGUGUGGGGAGCAUGUCACCUGCCUGCCAGGAACCCUCCGGAGCAGCCCUACAUGGGAGGCAUGGGACAGAUGGAGAAGGUGAUGCCAGCUCCUGAUGGCUCCAAGGCUCCAGGGUACCGUUGUAACUCCCAGAGGAUUGUCACCAGUCCCAUCGGCAUGCACCACAUGGACCCGUCGGGGAACUCCAUCUCUUCGUCUGCUGCUCUGACUAGCUUCGCCACCAGUAUCUCUGGCAGUACAGUGUACCUGCAGGGUCCAUCCCCGGUGGGCACCCCCUCCUUUAGCCGCCAGCACUUCUCCCCUCACCCCUGGAGCGCCUCCACCUCCAGUGAGUCCCCGGUGUCCUCUGUGUCGUCCACAGUGACCACGGCUCUGAUUCAGGCUAAGCCCAGCAGCAACAGCCAGCAGGACCGCAAGGUGCCCCCACCCAUUGGCACUGAGCGCCUGGCACGCAUCCGCCAGACGGGCUCCGUGAACCACGCCAUGCUCACAGCCAGCUACACGCCGCCUGUCGGGCAGGGGGGCAUCUGGUCCUUCGGCGUGGGCAGUGCGUCUGUCCUCCCCUGCUCUUACCCUCCACCUUUAGAGGCGAUGUCAGGCUGGUCUCAGCCCCUGAUGGGCGGUCACGUGAUGCACCAGCAGAGUGGCUUCUCCCAGCACCAAGCCAUGGAGCGGGAUGACACCGGCAUCGGGAACCCCUCCAACACCUUCCAUCAACCCAUGCCCACCAACUUCAUGGACUUCCCAAAGGGUUUGCCGAUGUCAAUGUAUGGCGGGACGAUCAUUCCUCCCCACCCUCCUAUGGGAGAGGCCCCUGGGGGCCCCAUGUACAACGGGCUCCAUAGCGCUGACCCUGCCUGGAAUCCCAUCAUGAACGUGGUCUCCAACUCUGCAGAGACUGCAGAGACCCAGCAGGUCUGGCCUGGGACUUGGGCCCCGCACGUUGGGAAUGUGCACCUGAAUCACGUCAACUAAAGACAUCUAGCGAUCGAAGCAUAGGACCAUUAACAAGACUCAUACACACGUUUUAAGAGAACCAGAUAAUUACAUAAUAUACAAAGAUAUUAACCUAGGGAGUGUCCAGAAACUGGAUGGUCGGACACCAUUUUGAUGUGCCUAACUAAAAAGAUGAAUCCAGUGUGGGCUGUAACGUGUUUAUCACUGUCUAUGAACAAACCGAUUGCCUGUUAAACAGGAUCCAUUCUUUGCGUAGUAUAGCCAUUAUUUUGACUUUAAAAGCCCCACAUUAAUUGUUCUUGGUCUGCAGGGCUCUACAGGACUGUACGCUUAUUUAUACUCAGCCCAAGAACUAGGUGAUAACAUAAAGCGAGAACUCAGACCUUUUAGUGGUAAAUACAUGUAUAAUUGUUUACAUACUAAAAAAAAAAGGGUUAAAGCCAGAGUACAUGUCGUAUAGUGACUCUACUGUAUUAAUGUGUAAUAUUUACCUUAAUAGUCAAUAAAAAGACAACUGUA